ACUUUUUUUUUUCUAUCAGAUCCAGUCGCUGGUCGCUAAUAAACAACGAUCAGGUGAUGGAAGAAUCCAUAAGAGCAGCUUCACAACAAGUCUCUGAAGAAUUCAAAACUCUUGUUAAUACAGAAGAUCUCAAUUCUCUCCGACAUUUUCAACACCUCAUAUUGGGGAGGUUACAGGAUAGUAAUGCUGUUCUAGCUCAUUACAACGAAUUUGCUGAGAAUUGCUUUGCGGAUGUAUCUUCGGAAUUCGCUAAAAACACCCGUCUUUUGAAAUCGAUGAAAUCAGACCUCGAUUACAUUUUCUUGAAACUAAGGAGCAUUAAAGGUAAGAUUCUUGCUACAUAUCCAGACGCAUUCCCAGAUGAUUCUACUAGUGAUGCAUUUGAUCGAAGACCUGAUCUUGAGUUGCCUCAGUAAGCAUUGUUAGAUUUGUAUGCUUAUUAACAAAGAGAACACCUAAAUGCUGAUUUUGGACACCUUGUUUGUUGUGUGUUGGGUCAUGUAAAUUACUGAUGUGUUCUCUUAGAGAUUUUUUUUUUUUUUCUUAUGAUGAGAUUUUGGAAAUGGUGCAUUGUAUUUUCGUUUUGAGAAAUAUAAUUCUAAAUGUUUAUAUGAUUUUAAAUUUUAUGAUA